AGAGGGUUCAGGUACACAGAUAGGGGCAUCUAUCUCUACAUAGCUAGUGUGUACAAGUUGAGCACUUUAGUCCACGACAUUCUUGAAAUCUGAUCAACAGUAGUACUACUGAUGCAUCAUAUCACCUUUUGCCCGCAUUGCUAGCGGCCUCAAAAGCGAGUUUCUACGUAGAAACGUUUUGGUGAUCUGGAAGCGUAAAAUCAUAAGUUUUUUAAGUUUUAAAAGCGGAGUUUUUUUCAACUACAUCAGUUGUAAGAACCAAGAUUUUGUGUAGAAACAUUUUAGUGACCUAAAAUCGUAAGUUUUUAAGUUUCGAAUCGCGGUUUUGACUACAUUGCUAGCUGCUACUUUUAAUUAGUCAGUUUUUUUUUUAACAAGAGUGGAAUAAUAGGUUUGUUUUUAAUGUCAGCGGCACGUAAUUAAGCGAUUCCGAAUCUGUAACUAGACCAAACUCUUGUUCGCGCGCGUUUUAGCCCAGUUUUCUCGUACUAUAAUCUAAUCUUGGGUAUAUAUAUGUAAUGUAACAGGGUGGUGACUGAUAUCCCAGGCACAACAGAUGCAACAUUUGGUAAUAAUUAAUAAUCAGUACCCAAAUUCGAUCUCCAACCCUUCCACUUUGUUCAUGGAAUUUGGUUAAAAACUAACUGUCCUGAGUACUCAUGUUACUGUGUGCAGGAAGGGAAGUGGUGAGCUACGAGAUGCCGAGGCCAAGCAUAGGGAUCCACAGGUACGUGUUCCUGCUGUUCAAGCAGAAGAGAAGAAGAGGCCAAAACCCACCACCACUGCUUCUGAAUCCUUCUUCUUCUUCUUCUUCACCAUCAACAACAAUAUUAAGGGACAACUUUGAUAGCAGGAAGUUUGCAGUGGACAACCAACUCGGCCUCCCGGUGGCUGCCCUUUACUUCAAUGCCCAGAGGGAAACUGCUGCCAGGAGGCGCUAGCUAGUCAGUCUUAUUUUAUGGCCACAUAUAUGUUCUGCGUAGCUUGACUACAAUAAUAAUAAUUGUACCUAUACUUUUCGUACUACUGAUGAUAAUAAUGGCUGGCCAAAGCUGGUCGGCUGGUUGCUAUAUAUGGAUGGCUGUGGGCUGUGGGGAAGUAAGUUAGGUUUAGAAGAUAAGGAUGGAGAUCAAGUUGGGGUGAUGAUGAUGACGAUGUUAGUCGGGGGGGAAUGCAUGCAUUCAGUAGUCUGCAUUCUGUGUACUAGUGCUGCUGCUGCUGCAAGUAGUCAAUAUUUCACAGCACAGGCUGGAUUGAAAUGAUCAUUUUAUGCAUUAAUUUGUGGUGUACGUUCUUUUGGGCUAUUGUAGUACUGUUGUGUCUCAAUCUGAAAGUACGCUACUUUCUUCUUCAUGUUUCUAUUGGUUUUCUUCCCCACAUUAAUUGGCGUUUACAUGUACGGGUCGAGGGGAGCAUUUAGUACUGGAUCUUGAAGUUUUUUUUUUUUUUUUUCCCUUUGUCUUUCUUUGGUUGAAAGCUUUUUUCUUCUAAAGUCUGGAGUUCAUCAUGCAUUAAUGGUUGGUCAGACUCUGUCUUUCUGUUAGCCACGUUAUCACUUAACGGUCGUCAAUUAAUUGGGUUGAUUCGCGGGUUGGACAAGAAUGGCUGACAGGGCGGGUAAGGCUGAGCUGGCGGGUCGGGUCGUCAUUUUUUAAUGUUAAAAUAUGCUGACUGUGUCUUUCUGUUAGCCACGUCAUCACUUAACGGACGUCAUUAACGGAGUCUAACGGAUGUUAACGGAGAGUGACCGAACUUGGACUGUUCAACUAAUUCGAGUGACUGUAAAUGAAAUAAUUCAAUUUGAAUGGCAAACGUGAAAAUUUUUAGCAAUUCGAGUGACCAAACUUGCAAUUAAGCUCAUAAUCUAACAAUACGAUAUAUUAAGGACUGGUAGAAUGUUUAGAAUAAAAGCUUCAUGCAUUAAUAUUUUUAGAUGCAGAACAUAUUAUUUAAUGGGCUAUGGUUCGUUUGACAAACAUAAUACUGAUUGACAUUCCGCAAUCGCUCAAUCAAUAUUGAACUAUUCAGUGCUGAAUAUUUGGUUGGACCGGACUCAGUGGCGGAGGCAGGUCCUUUGGGCCUUGUCCCAGGACAGGGGUAAAUUUCGGUAUUUAUAUUGGUGAGGGAACACAACACCUAUAGGUAGUAUUAGAGUACUUUGUCACUACAGCACAACUCAUUGUGUAGAUAAGGACAACCUUUCGUAUGGAUAAAUGCAGCCUUUCAUGAAACAAUGCAUGGAUUCGACCCCUAUAAAUAUAAGUGUGGCCGUAUGAGGUGGAUGAUGCCACAGACCAUCAGAUAUAUUCUUCUACUUUCUUCCAAAAAAUUCUGAGUAUGCUUUAGUGUUCUUGAGCCUAGAACCUAAAGUGGUGAUAGUUGUAUCCUCGGAAGAAAUUUCUUGUAACCCAAUACUUUUAUGGAGAGUGAAAAUAUUCUUUUUCAAAAAAUAGCUAACAUAGUUCAAGACUCUAUCACAAUUCUAAUCACCUAAUUUUGGACUAUCGUACGCAUACUCUCGUCCCAAAAGUCCCUAACAUUUAGUAGGUACCUCCAUUGCCUUUGCCAGGGCUACACUCUAAUCUCUGGCCGGCUGGCCUAUGCAAAGUCGGACCCUAAAACAUGACUUUCCUUGGGUUGAGAGAGAGUGAAGGAAUGGGAGAGAGAGACUUUUGAAAUGAAAGAAUCUUAAAAUCCAGGGAGAGAGGCCCCCCCAAGGACAUAUUGCUAUGUUCUCCUUUCGACAAGUUGCUCACUUGUGACUUGUGAGGAUCAAAGGGUUAAAUUAUCCGUCCGGAUCUCAUCUAGUUGGCUAGGAUAAAGCUCGAACCGUGAAUAGUUAAUAUAAGUAAAAUUCGAAU